AUGGCGAUGACCGAGUGGCAACUCAUCAGCCAGGGUGCCGAGGCGAACGUGUUUGAGACGGACUUCGCUGGCCGUGCUUGCGUUAUAAAGGAGCGUGUCAAGAAAAGCUACCGCCUUUCAGUGCUGGACAAGAAACUCUCACAUCGUCGUCUAGUGCAGGAAGUUCGCUGCAUUCUCAAGUGCCGUCGUGCUGGGGUUCUUACACCCAUCAUCUUUUUAGUGGACGAAAACAUGAGUCGUCUCUAUCUGGAAAAAGUGCAGGGCGGCAGUCUGAAAGACUAUCUGCGGCGGGCCCACAAGAUCGACGCCAAGUAUGGCCCCUUGGCGCUAAAAAAGGCUUACCAGAUCGGAGAAGCGAUUGCCAAGAUGCACGACGCUGAUAUUGUCCAUGGUGACCUGACGACGUCUAACAUGAUGCAGAGCAAUGACGAUGCAACGGAUGUGACGAUGAUCGACUUUGGCUUGGCUAAUUCGCAACCGCUGCCGGAGGACAAGGCCGUCGAUCUUUAUGUCAUGGAGCGCGCGUUUGCUAGCACACAUGUCAACUCGGAGCUCUUGGUAGAAGAGGUGCUGCGUGCGUACCGCGCGACUUCCCGUCGCUCUGACUCAAUUUUUCAGAAGCUUUCUCAAGUGCGUAUGCGAGGCCGCAAGCGCACCAUGGUCGGAUAG